GGAGACAGAUAAAGUGUUUUGGUUUUCAGCAAUGAUCAAAAGAAGAAUGAAUACAAAAAUACAACUUCAAAUCUGCCUUUGGGUAAUUUUGAGGAUUUGUUUUGUUCUGCAAGAAUCGGCUGCAGGCACAAGACCAACUUCUGAAACAACAUUCCCAUCUGUCUCUAAUGCAAACCUGAUGUUUGAGUUGUUGCUUGGCGGGGUGGAGAUUGACCGGGAUAACAACAUUGUUCUACUCGACGAGGAGAUGGCGUCGAUGAGGCGGGGGCGGGCAUUUCUGUCUCAGAUCAAUGACAACUUUCCCAGAAGUCUCAACUCCAUGCUGCAAACGGUGACCACGCUGGAGGGUCAAAAGAUGAGACGGCCAAUGGCUCAGGAUCAGUUUGACAGUCUUAUCCUGAGCAUGGUGUACUCUGCCGAGAAAGCCCGGCAUCAGGAGAGUAAAGAGGAACAGGCGGCCUGGAGUGACGUGCUGCUCCAGCUGGCAAACGCCACAGUCUAUGAACUACGUGGAAGCCAUCUCUUCAGUUAUGCAUGAUUCCAAAACCGCCGCUCUGUGUGAUGUAACACACAAUAAAUC